AUGGGGAGUGAUCAUGAUUUAGUUGCUAAUUUGAUGUCGAAAAUAUCUAGUGCUUUCAAAAUUAGGGAUCUUGGAGAACAUGAAUUCUUCCUUGGAAUUGAAACUAUUAAAUGCAAUGAUGGUAUUUUACUAUCACAACAGAGAUAUAUGAAUGAUAUCUUGAAACGUGUUGGAAUGGCAGAGUGCAAGGAGCUAGUCACGCCUAUAUCAGCUUCAAAAUCUGUCUCAUUUAGUGCUGACUUGUAUGAUGAUCCUACUCAGUACAGGAGCCUAGCAUGGGCGCUGCAAUUAAUUUACAUGCUCCUGACUAUAACUCGUCCCGAUCUCUCCUUUGCAGUUAAUUUGUUAUGUCAACAUAUGCAUGCUCCUACCGUUUCACAUUGGGAGCAACUGAAACGGGUACUGAAGUAUGUUAAAGGGACUGUAAGUUUUGGUCUUCAUAUCAAAAAGUCAAUCUCAAGAGAACUUCAUGCAUUCUCUAAUUCUUACUGGACUGGCUGUCCGGAAGAUCGAAAAUCUACUAGUGGUUUUGCUGUAUUUCUUGGAUCCAAUCUUGUAUCUUAG